AUGCUGUCACCACCAGAGGCGAAUCUUUUGGAUACCGAACCAGACGAAUGCCGGCGCCUUGUUAUCUCGGUCAUCGGCUCAUACCCGUACAUGAUGACACAGCCUGACAACUUGCCGCCUUUUGUGCAUCCAAUCGCCUGUGGACUGCACUUUGAUGGCCGAGAAAGCAUACCAAUGCUCACUGAUGGCUCGGCUAAACCCUUCAAUCCUCUCAAGCCAAGGGCUGCCUGUAUUGGCAUUGCUCAUGCAUUUGCUUCCCGCACGGCCAAUACAGAGGAGUUUCUGUGGCGGACUAUUGCGAGUGAAGAGCGGCAUAUACAGGAGACUGUAAGCUUCAACCGAACUACAUUUAGAGGGGAGAGCCUAGCUGCUAUGCAGGCCAUGAUCAUUUACACCAUCAUGCGGUUGACGAGCCUUGGCCGCGACCAUCUCAUGGAGAAUCGCUCCCCCUUCAAAGUGAUGAACGAACUAGGUGAUCGCCUGAAGGGUUUCUUCCCUGCUCAAUUCACCCCAUGUCAUGCUCGUGAUAGACCGCCAACUUGGCACCAAUGGAUCUCGGAGGAGACACGAUGGAGGAUAACACUUGUCUGCUGGCUAGUAGCUCGUGCACUUGGUGACCAAGCCGACCAAGGCUUUCCAAGGCCCGAUGGAAACCCAAUACCCAGCACCAAUGUCUUAUGGUCUACACAGGGAGAUCAGGACGUGGCAAAUGCGGAGGCGGUGUCGCCGACCCCUCCAUUUACUGCCAUUGGAGAUCUGGCAAUGGCCUUGAAAGGCUCUCAGACAGGCGUGUCCGCAGCCAUGUCCUUGGAGGCUCGGAACGAUGCGUUGGCCAAGUGGUAUGCCGCCCUGGACGGGUUGGGGAUGGUAGUUACCGCCGUCAUGGCGCGUGACUAG